CAGCUCGCCUAUAGUUUGCCACAGCAGACAGUGAUGCGCAGCAGACCGCGGGCAUGCAUCCCGCUUCAGCUCAGCGCAGUGGCGCAUGCACCACAGCAGCUGCCCCUGACCCGUGCCGGGCACUGACAGGGAUGUGUGGGGCAGUGGAAAAUAACGGGGCUGGGGCCGCUUCACGUUUUGACUGACUGCCCCCCCCCCCCGCGCACUCCGUUUCGGAUUCACACGAGAGGCACUAAGCAAGAGCAGCAGCGCCCCUUUCUCCUCCGCCCCAGCUAGGCAGGAGGGCAGGGCGCCAAGGCGGGCAGAGGAGAAGAGCCCGGCGGGGUAGGCGGUGCGGGGAGGUAGCCCGGAGCGGCUGAGCCCAUUAUCCCCCCCGGCGCCGGGAGGGAGGCCGUGGCGGCGCCGCCCUCUGGAGAGAGAGCCGGCGAGAGGCUGGUGCGAGGAGCAGCAUCCCAGGGAGGGACGGGCUAAUGCAAAUCGCCGCGAUCAGCCGCAGACAGGAGAAGAAAGGCGAAGCAGCUGCAGCCCAGCCUCACCCGCAGCACCGGCCAGCCGGGGGGGGGCCAGAAGACACAUAACAAAAGGCGCCCAAGCCGCUCCUCGCGGCCACGCUUGCCAUCAAAGCAGGGUCGGGGGGGGGACUGUUGAGCUGAGCUCUUUCCGCGGAAACCCGGCACCCCCUUCACAACCAACCCACCUACUUAGGUUGGGGGCAAAGGCGCUUCCAGUCCCCCCUCCCCCCCCGAAAUAGAUUUACCAUCAAAGAUGUCCUUUGGAAGAGACAUGGAGCUGGAACACUUUGAUGAGCGUGAUAAAGCACAGCGAUAUGGCAGAGGGUCACGGGUAAAUGGUCUGCCUAGCCCUACCCACAGUGCCCACUGCAGCUUUUACCGAACCCGCACUCUACAAACCCUCAGUUCUGAGAAAAAAGCCAAGAAAGUUCGUUUCUAUCGCAAUGGAGACCGGUAUUUCAAAGGGAUUGUCUAUGCCAUCUCCCCCGACCGGUUUAGAUCUUUUGAGGCCCUGUUGGCUGAUCUGACCCGAACUCUGUCUGAUAAUGUGAAUCUGCCCCAGGGCGUGAGAACAAUCUACACCAUUGAUGGUGCCAAGAAGAUUUCCACCUUGGACCAGCUAGUGGAAGGGGAGAGCUAUGUGUGUGGUUCAAUAGAACCUUUCAAAAAACUGGAGUACACUAAGAAUGUAAACCCAAAUUGGUCAGUGAAUGUUAAGACAACAUCCACUUCCCGUACGGUGCCGUCUCUUGCCACUGCCAAAGGAAGUCCUUCAGAUGCAAGAGAAAAUAAGGAUUUCAUUAGGCCUAAACUGGUCACCAUCAUCAGGAGUGGUGUGAAACCACGUAAAGCAGUCCGGAUUCUGCUUAAUAAGAAGACCGCACAUUCAUUUGAACAGGUUCUUACUGAUAUAACUGAUGCCAUCAAGCUGGAUUCGGGAGUAGUUAAACGCCUGUACACGCUUGAUGGAAAACAGGUGAUCUGCCUUCAGGAUUUCUUUGGUGAUGAUGACAUUUUUAUUGCAUGUGGACCAGAAAAGUUCCGUUACCAGGAUGAUUUCUUGCUAGAUGAAAGUGAAUGUCGGGUAGUGAAAUCUACUUCCUAUACCAAAAUAGCUUCAACAUCACGUAGGAGCACCACCAAGAGCCCAGGUCCAUCUAGACGCAGCAAGUCUCCUGCCUCUACCAGCUCAGUUAAUGGAACCCCUGGUAGCCAGCUUUCUACUCCCCGGUCUGGGAAGUCUCCAAGCCCAUCUCCUACCAGCCCAGGAAGCCUGCGAAAACAGAGGAGCUCCCAACACAGUGGCUCCUCUACCUCAUUAGCAUCCACCAAAGUUUGCAGCUCCAUGGAUGAAAAUGAUGGACCUGGAGAAGAAGUGUUGGAGGAAGGCUUCCAGGUUCCAGCAUCAAUAGCAGAAAGAUAUAAAGUUGGAAGGACUAUAGGAGAUGGAAAUUUUGCUAUUGUAAAGGAGUGUAUAGAAAGAUCAACUGGUAGAGAAUAUGCUCUGAAAAUCAUAAAGAAAAGUAAAUGUAGAGGAAAAGAGCACAUGAUCCAGAAUGAGGUAUCUAUUUUAAGAAGGGUCAAACAUCCCAAUAUUGUUCUUCUGAUUGAGGAGAUGGACAUGCCAACUGAGUUGUACCUUGUCAUGGAGCUUGUAAAGGGAGGAGACCUUUUUGAUGCCAUUACCUCCACUAACAAAUACACAGAGCGGGAUGCCAGUGGGAUGCUGUACAAUCUGGCCAGUGCCAUCAAAUACCUCCAUAGCUUGAACAUUGUUCACAGGGAUAUCAAACCCGAGAAUCUACUGGUUUAUGAACACCAAGAUGGAAGCAAGUCUCUGAAGCUGGGAGACUUUGGGCUGGCAACAAUAGUGGAUGGACCUCUUUACACAGUCUGUGGGACCCCUACAUAUGUAGCUCCAGAAAUCAUUGCAGAAGCUGGAUAUGGCCUGAAGGUGGACAUCUGGGCAGCUGGUGUGAUUACUUAUAUCCUGCUGUGUGGCUUUCCUCCAUUCCGUGGAUGUGGAGAUGACCAGGAAGUGCUUUUUGAUCAGAUUUUGAUGGGCCAGGUGGAUUUCCCAUCUCCAUACUGGGAUAACGUUUCUGAUUCUGCAAAGGAACUUAUCACCAUGAUGCUUCAGGUAGAUGUAGAUCAGCGAUUCUCAGCCUUGCAAGUUCUCGAACAUCCAUGGGUUAAUGAUGAUGGCCUUCCAGAGAAUGAGCAUCAGCUUUCAGUAGCUGGGAAGAUAAAGAAGCAUUUCAACACAGGGCCUAAACCCAACAGCACAGCAGCUGGAGUUUCUGUCAUAACAACCACCGCUCUUGAUAAGGAGAGGCAGGUUUUCCGACGAAGACGCAACCAGGAUGUGAGGGGACGAUAUAAGGCUCAGCAAGCUCCACCUGAACUCAACUCUGAAUCGGAAGACUAUUCACCAAGUUCAUCUGAGACUGUUCGCUCACCUAACUCACCCUUUUAAUAAAACACUUUUGCUCAAAGUCUUGGCUUAACCCUUUGAGAUUCUGAAAGUCCUUCAAACCUGUGUGAAACAGUUACAUCUGAUCUAUCUAGCACUAAUGCUCGAAUGAUGGAACAGAAAAGGGUGUUUACAGUAUCUUUGUAAUAAUAAUUUCCUAACUGACUGGAAUGAUACUUGUGCUCUGUCUAGAUUGUGACUUGCUGCUAAUAUGAUCCUCAAAGGGUUAAGACUAUUUUGCAUUUUUUUAAGAUAAGAGCAAUGAAUGUUUUCAUCAGUCAUGCUAGGACCUGCAGUUUGUAAUUUUAGCACAUGUUAACCCUCUGAGUGCGUAAUAAUCUUUAGCCUUGAUGGCCCACAGUAGGGCUUUAUUGACUUAGAUGCACAUAUCUUUUCCCCCCAUCUCCUUAGUUCUUUCCCAAGUGUUCUGGCCAAAACAAUAUCCAAAUGCACCUCUAUUUGAGUGAUUGCAAAUCGGGGCUUUUUAAAAACCUUGUUUUAGAACAGCGUAUUCUAAGCUUCUAUGAUAUUCUACCACAGGCGGCUGACCAUUACUGGUAGGUACCAUACAGGAUAAAUGGAAAAUCGGUGGUAGGACCGCCUCAUAACAAUCUACCUAAGGUGAUACCAUAAAAAAUUGUUGCUUCCAUAUUAUUGGCUGCUAGUGGCUGUCGUGUAGUAGUGGCAGAGUCAUGUGAGGUGGGUGAAUGGCACAUUCUACCAUGCUUUGGUAUGUAAAGAUCUAAUUCUAAAACUUUUCCCUGCCACACACACAAGGAUGUACAGAUAGGGGAGAGCUAUUAGUUUCUCUAUAGCUUUGGGAUUUUGAAGAGGGAAUACUCCUCUCAACACAAUCAUGUUUUUUUCAUAGAUACACUGUGAUGACUACCAGGAGAGAGUCUUUUAAGAGAGAGAGAGGAAAAAUCCAGCAUUAAAGGAAAGAGAAUUACCCUUACAAUAGUGACAUUAUUUAUAAAUUGGGGAAAAUACCUGGCAUGUUAACAUUUAAGAAAAGCCUUUGGGUGAAAUCCUGCUGUCCUCAUUGACAUCAAUGAGAAUUUUGUCUUAGAGCGGAAAAACUAAAAACUAUUCAUCUAGCAGAUCUGUGCUAUUAUAUACGGGGGAGGGGUCUGUGUGAAAAACACAUGUACAGAGUGUUAAACCUCAAGUCAGUGUGUUAGCAUUUCAUUUCAUCCGUGUACAAAGAAAAGCCAAUUUCGCAGAGAAGUUAUACUUCACAAACUUUUGCUUCAAAUAGGAUCAUUUGCGUGAAAACGGUCCCAUAUUCACACAAACGUGGCACUAGUUGAGUGAAAAAUGACACAUUUCCAAAAUUUGAUUUUCCAAAUUAUAAAUAAAUAUAAGACCCAAGCAGAAAAUAUUAACUUUGAUGUUUCACGUGUUGGUUUUACAUUUUGGGGCUGUGCUCACAGAACUCCCAAUGAAAACCAUGGCAAUUCUGAAAGUGAGGGUCUUGUCGGAUCCAUCCUACUAUUGAUUUGCAUUCCUAAAGUACCAAUCACUGGAGCCAGGUGCUAUCUUUUUCUGAAAUCUCAAAAGACUCACUGAAGGGCAUGUGUGUAAACAGAUUAGGUCAAUUCCUUUCUCUUCUCCACUCUCUUUAGAAUGUGCCCAUCUUUCGUUGUGUCCAGUGUAAGUAUUAUAUCAAACAUUUAACACAUUUUGAACCAAGGGAACCUCAUUUUAUGAGUUUUCAUUCAAGUGAUGGAAAACAUUGAUUAGAGUUCUUUGGUUUCAAUCUAUCCAUCUGAUUGUGGGGGAGGGUCCCCGAUGUCUCUACAUAGCCCCAUUGACUUUAGUGGGAUGCUGCACACAAGUGUAAGGGUCUCAAUCAGAUUACAGGAUUGAGGCCUUUUUUGGCAACGGAAGCAUAAAUAACAGAGGAACACUGGUUAAAGUAUAAAAUUAGUUGUGCCCCAAGGAGAGAAACUCAGUAGGUUUCUGGGGAACUCCAUAGGGGUAAUGGGAUAAGUAGCUACAGCACAACUAAACUUCAGAGUUUGGAGUGUGCUUCCUGGCUGUUGUGCCUCCCUUGUCAAGGUUGGGGGGGAGGGCAGAAGAGCUAUAUAGUGGCAGAUCAUCUGACCAUGCACAAUUACCCCUAAACAGACUGCACAAAGAGACUUCAUGGUAGGUAUGGAGUCAUCUUGGUGUCAUCCCAUUGGGCAGCAGUACCAGUGCAAUUGCAUUACAUGAGUGUCCUCUACUCUAGUGGAAGAGUGGGUAGGAUUUGGCCACACUGAAUCAAUAUUCAGGGUGUACUUUUACACAGGGCUAGGCCUGUAGCUGGUGUAACUCAGUGUAGCUCCAUUGAAGUCAAUGCCGAUUUACAGCAACUAAUAUAAUCCCUCACCUUACAAUACAGCCUUCUCUUUAGAAUGGAUGCAACUCGAUGCAACUAUAAAGAUAUUUAUUUAUAUGGCAAUCAAAAGUGUCCAUUAAUAACACAUGCUCUUUGACUAUCGGCAAAACGUUGGCAGUUUCAAAGGAACAAGGACAAUGUUCAUUCUUCUUAAUUAAAUAGAGUAGGGGGAAAAAACAAGUAUAAAGCAAAUGCUUCGUCUCAUGAAUGUGUAGUGUCAGUUGAAAUCCAUUUGAGAUCUUCCUCUCACCUUUGCUUUUGUUUUAGACUCCAGGGCUAUCAUUAAAAUAAGAUGUUUGGCUCCAUCGUACACCAUAUUGUACCACUUAAAACCUGUAUAAAAAUAACCCAAGCCCCUGAAAUUUCCACUCAUCCCUUGCAAAUUUCUGAUCUUUGGCUCACGUUUUACUGACAUAGCUCCUAUAACAUUUUACAGUUACAUUCUUUAGGCCCCUUAGAGAAUGUGCACCAAAUUGUUGAAUGGGGCCUUUUCAUGGUUUCAAGAAAAACUAUUGGAAUAGUUUAACAGUUUUAAAAGAGAGGGUAUCCGGAUUAUAAAAUUAAGGUUUCAAAUAGUUACUGGUUGAUGCUUGUUUGCCAAAGAAAUACAAGGCCAAAUUUUGCCUCUAUUUACACCUUUGUAACCCCACUAAUUUCCUGGGUGUAACUGAGACCAGAAGGUGUGACCCUUAGAAUAUCUAAACUUUCGUCAAGGAAACUGAACAGAUUAUGGCUAAUGGACAGUUUCUAAUAUGAAUUCACUUAAAAAUCUAGUAUGAGAGCAUAUAGCAUAGCAGGUUUCAGAGUAGCAGCCGUGUUAGUCUGUAUCCGCACAAAGAAAAGAAAAAGAAAAAGAAAUUUGUUAGUCUCUAAGGUGCCACUGGUACUCCUUUUCUUAUAACAUAGCAGUCAUUUUCCUGUAAACCAUCCAGUAUCUUCACUUUACACAUUAUAUUGGUGCUAAACAUUAAAAUACAACAAAAAAGAAAAUAUGCAUUGUAUUUACAGUCUGUAAAUGCACCACUUCAUUAUUUUUUAUGCAUGUUGCUAACUGACUCUGUCUUCUGGUGCAUUUACCUGCAGUAAACUAACUUCAUGGUAAAUGCAAUACUCAUAUGUGAUGGUGCCCUUCAAAUCUUUGUGCACUUCGAGUAUUGUGCUGAAUAAAUUUAGAAUGUGUUUAUCAUGUGAAAAUGGAAAUCAGCAACCCCAUUAGAUAUAAUCUUAUUAGCAUUUAUCUACAAAAAGAUCCAGGAUAUUAUAGUUGUACUCAGAGGGUUAACAGAAAAGCACAAGGCAUGCUGAUUACAUUGGUGUAUCCAAACUGCUUUGCUUUUUUAGCCAGUGUUUGCUAAUUUUUCAGAAAAUUCUUGGAAAAUUUAAAGUUUAAAAUAAUUUAAGUGUUGUUGUUCAAGGAAUUUCUAUAACCAAAUUAAUCUUAUUUUUAGUUUAACUUAUCACAGGAAUAAUAUGUAUCAUUAAUGCAGUGUAAGUCUGUAGUUAUACAUUUUAUUAAUUCCAGAAGUGAUUCCAGAAUUUCUUUUUAAGUACUUAAUAUAGAGCUUACAAUGGUGGCAUAGGUGACUGAGACUGUCUUUCUUUUUGGUAAACAAACAAUAUUGUAAUUUCAAGAGAGUCCUAAGAACCAGCUUUUCAGUUUGGUAUUGUACUAGUUAGGGAAAAGCGAUCUCAUUACAUGCAUUGUGUAAAUCUUUGUAGAUGAGAACUGUUCAUAUGAAUGAACACACUUUUUUUCUUGACAUUGUAGCAGAAACUGUUUACUUGUUGAUGAUCAACCAAUACAUUAAUUUGCUUCAGACUGUUAAAGGGAAAAGUGAGACUCCAGUCAUUGAAAAUGUUAUUGCUUUACAUCUAAUUUAAAUGUGGUGCAUACUACAAUAAGCAAAGCCAAACCUAUGAAUAAACUACUCAAAAAGCUUGGUGGUUCUGUAUAAAGUGGAGUGCUUACAUAUAAUGGUGUGUAGCACUGAGAAGGCUUGUCAGGUACCGUUGAAACUGAUAGAUAUAUAUGAGCUAAAUUGCAAUCCUUUACCCUCUGAGGCAUAUUUCAUUUAUUUAUUUAUUUUUAAAGGAAAAUUGGUUCAGGGGGUUGCGAUGCCACAGGUCAAGUACAUUAAAUCACUGUUGUUUGCUGCCCCAUGGUACACAUUAGCAAAUGGCAUCCCCUAUUUAGUUUAGAUUGUGGGCAGGGAGAAGUUUCCUAAUGUUAUUGCAGUGCCCUCUAGCACUGUCGCGGAUCAGGCUGUGUUAGUAUUUCCAUUGUAAACUCCUAAUCUCAAAGGUUUUUAGUUGGAUCGUAAAAAUAUGCUUCAGACGGAUAUAUGGCACAUGAUUCCUCAUCCCAGAAUGAUUCUCCUCCUAAAAUAUGAGGGAAAUCAGCUUGGCCCUUUUGACAUUUAUGUCCUAGAAGUAUGUACAAAAAAAGGGGAGCUUGCUUCAGACCAUUUUUGUGUGGGUAAUUCAAAAAUGGCUUGGUUUUAACACAAGUUUUACAGGUUUGGACUAUAACGUUGAUAGUUCAAAACUUUUGGGUGCUUGGAAAACCAGUAAGAAAACUCAGUUAUUGAGAGAGAGGCUAUUCCUGCAA